AUGCUAUGUCUCAUCUUGAGAUUGGUUCUCUUCUAUGUCAAUCUAGUACAUUGUCAGCUACCAAACAUUCACGAAAAUGUGCAAAUUGACUAUAAACCGGUCACCAUAUGUGAGGAGACACCUGGCGUGGAAUCCUUUUCGGGCUACAUCCGUUUGCCCCCAGCCACGUUAGAGGGAGUCGGACUAGACCAGUCCUACCCGAUAAAUAUCCAUUUCUGGUACUUCCAAAAUCGCGAAAGAAAAGAAAAUGCACCCUUGACAGUUAGUCUAGGAGGUGGCCCAGGAGCCUCAACCUUGAUGCAACUGUUUAGGGAACACGGUCCGUGCAAAGCCAACGCAGACAGCAGUACUACGCGCCUGAACCAGUGGUCAUGGAGUUCGGGGUCUGAUAUGCUGUAUCUUGAUCAGUCUGUCCAGACGGGGUUUAGUUAUGAUAUCCUCGAGGAGGGAACGCAAAGCGCCUUUGGAGAAGUGUUGCUGGAUGUGGGCCCACAAAGUGCUAAGAGCCCAACACCAGGCUCCCGCCGAGGCUUCUUCAGCAGCAACGACCCAAAACAAACUGCCAAUAGUACCCAAAGUGUGACACAGAGCACAUGGCUCUACCUGCAGAUUUGGUUAGCAAAAUUUGAUCGACGUCAGUCUUCCAACCCGACGAUCAAUAUCUGGUCGGCCUCCUACGGGGGCCAUUAUGCACCAAGUUUAGUCAAAUUUGCGCUAGAGCAGAACGAACGACUCAAAUCUGGAGCUCUAAGUUCAGAUCUGUAUCGGAAGAUGCACAUCGGAUCGGUGGGAUUAACCAACGCCUGCAUCGAUGUCCCUGUCCAAUUGCCACAGUAUGCAGAGAUGGCACGAACAAACACAUACAAUAUAUCUCUGAUUUCCCAGGCAAAGUAUGGCUCCGUGCAGCAGCACCUUACGAAACCAAAUGGCUGUCUGGAGAAGAUUGCUGCGUGCAGAGCUGCGGCACCUGCCCAGGCAGACGACUUCGGGCAGGAUGCAACUGCGAAUGCGAUAUGCCACGAGGCAAACUCGUACUGUGGGAAACAUAUCGCCAAUAUGCUAUCCACCAGUGGGACAAGCGCGUUCGACAUUGGAUACCCAGAUAAUGUUCUUCACGACCCAUUGAUGGAUACCUAUUUUGGUUAUCUGAAUCAACGUCAUAUCCAGGAAGCUUUGGGCGUUCCGCUCAAUUUCAGCGCCAAUUCGCCAGUUGUCGCGAAAGCCUUCGCGCUGAGUGGCGACAAUGUAAAAGGCGGGAGCCUGGAAGCGAUAGGAAGUAUCCUUGACAGCGGGAUCAGUGUGACGCUAGUAUAUGGCGAUCGUGAUUUUGCUUGCAACUGGCUCGGCGGCAAAGCUCUUUCACAGGCAAUACACUGGUCCAAGGCACACAUUUUUCAAAAGGCAGGUAUCCAAGACGUCGUCAUCCCAUUGUACCCCAAAGCGGCGCAGGUACAGCAAGGAGGAGGCUUAUCCUUCAUUCGUGUCUAUAGUGCCGGUCACAGUGUCGGCAUGCAGCAGCCACAAAUCGCACAAACAAUUUAUAAUCGUGCCAUCAUGGGUCUUGAUAUCGCCACUGGAAGCAUCUUGGCUGAGACAAGCUCUGCCACAUCCUAUGAAUACCCGUCGUGGGAGUGGGAAGACGAGCUACCACCAGUUGCCGAAAACAACCCAUGUUAUACUCUGAACUUGGGACUUUGCAGCGAAAGCCAGCGACAAAUUUUCCUUGAUGGAUCAGGCACGGUUCAAGAUUUCUUUCUCGUUGCUGAUGGGAGGGGGGGAGUGUAUUCCCAAUCCGGUGCGGCCGUGUGUAGGGAACAAGGAGUCGUCAACUUGGGAUUUAAGGGUCCAGGUCGAGAGGCCCAAAGAGUUAUCCAGUGGUGGCCUCAUAAUCUUGAUAUCAGCAACAGCUUUGGGAUACGUGGCCUGUGUCGGAAUUGUGGGCGUGUUGUGGGCGAGAAGUCGUGA